AUGUAUCAUGGGGAUCUCCGAUACUGGAUUAAACGGCUCAUCCCGGAGAUCUACGGAGUGCGUGGGACGUACUAUGCUAUUCAUCAUUGGUACCGACCCGGACAAUGGGAUGGUUUGUUGUUGAAGGCCGCCAGUGGUGGGGACUCUUCGCAGCCGGAGAAGAUGAUCAAAAUCGGGAAUCUCCAUGUGCUGACCUUGGUGGGAGAUGGGGAAUAUCUGCCCAGGCGUAAAUCAGUGGACGUUAACUGGAUUGUUUUGUAG